GGCUCGGAGAUCAACGGGCCCGAGGACGCCCCUCCCCCACCCAGCCGCUGCCCCGCUCCCCCCAACGGCCUCCGCCCCCCCCCGGCCCCGCCCUUCGAUUACCAAGAGCUCUUCCAGGAGCUCUGGGUGGAGAACGAGAGGAUUCGGGAGCAGCUGCAGGAGGCGGAGCUGGCGCUGACCCAGAGCCGGCUGGAGCUCGAGAGGGUCACUCAGCGCCAGGAGCGCAGCGCGGAGCGUCCGGCCCGGCUGGAGCUGGAGAGAUUCGAGCGCCGGGCGCUGGAGCUGAAGGCGGCUGAGCUGGAGGAGGAGCUGAAGGCUCUCUCGGACCUCCGGGCCGACAACCAGCGGCUCAAGGAUGAGAACGCGGCGCUCAUCAGGGUCAUCAGCAAACUCUCCAAGUGACCCCCAAAAAUCCAUCCCCCAAAACCCACUCCCCAAAAUCCACCCCCAAAAUCCACCCCCCAAAAAUCCGCCAAACCUCCCUCCAUGCGGGGGCGGAGCCAAAGGAGUGGGUGGAGCCGAUGUCACGUGGGGGUGUGGCCAGAGAAUUGGGGAGGAGCCAAAAUGGGGGCGGAGCCGAUUUUGUUGCACUGAGGUUGAAGCUGCCAAAUGGGUGUGGCCAAAGGGGGCGUGGUCUGUGAGCACCAGGUCCCGCCCCCAACCUCUCCCCGCAUGCCAAUCACACGCUGUUCAUCCAAUCAGACCGCGGGGGGGUGGGGGUCUCCUCGAAGCCCCGCCCAUUCCACCGAUUUUGCCCCACCCCCCCAAAUAUUUUUGUGAAAAAUAAUUAAGAGGAAAGUGAUUAAAAAAAAAAGAAAAAAUCGUGGGGGAGGGGUAAUUAUUUGGUGUAAUUUUUUUAUAUAAAUAUAUUGAUCGAG